UUUUUUUUUUCCCCUUUACUUUUCUCUUUGCUCCCACCUCCCCCUCCCUCGCUAAGCGCACGACGUAGCCAGUGGGCAGUAGUCUCUCAGAGCCCCUCUCUCUCUCCUCUCUUCUCACUUCUUCUCUUCUUCCAUUCUUCACCUUCCCCAGUCCCCAACUCCCGAAAAGAAAUAGGAAAAAAGUUACAUUUUAGACCCUCCCACCCCUGAGAAACAUGAAAGUCCAUUCUAGAAACAUUCUCUCAGAUCAGUCCAUGAGGCUUUCUAUGCUCUUCUCUUAAGGGAGUUCGCUCGCUUUCUCUCUCCUCCCCUGUUUCAUUUUUUCUCAGUUUUCUCCUCCGCCGUGAAACCUUCGGAUAUGGAGAGGAAGCGGGGGUUCUUCGCGGCGCUGAAGGAAGAGGUGGUGAGGGGGCUGUCGCCGGCAAGGUCCCGGGCGAAGAGCCCGGCGAGGAGUCCGUCGCCGAUGGCCGGGCUGCUGCUGCCGAGGCGGCGGAGGGCUGGGCGCAGCCGCCACCAUUCGCUGGCGAACCUCCCGGAGCCGCUGAUCGCGAGAUCCGGGAGCUUCCGGCCCGUUGGGGAGGCGCUGGCCCCGCUCGUGGAAGGUCCUGAGACGGACACCGCCGCGGACGGCGGCAGGGAGUCGCGGCGGGAGGGGGGCUGGGGCCACUGGGUCCGUAGCCAGCUCUCCGGCAGCGGCGCCUCCUCCUCCUACAACCGCCGCUCCGACCUCCGCCUCCUCCUCGGAGUCAUGGGCGCCCCCCUAGCUCCCAUUCACGUCAACUCCGCCGACACUCCCCCCCACCUCAGCAUCAAGAGCACACCCAUUGAGACCUCGUCGGCGCAGUACAUAGUGCAACAGUACACGGCGGCGUCGGGAGGCCUCAAGCUCCAGAGCUCCAUCCGGAACGCGUACGCCAUGGGGAAGGUGCGGAUGGUGGCGUCGGAGUUCGAGACGGCGACCAAGGUGAUGAAGAACCGCGGCUUGUCACGGGCCGUGGAGUCCGGCGGCUUCGUCCUCUGGCAGAUGGCCCCCGACAUGUGGUACGUCGAGCUCGCCGUCGGAGGCAGCAAGGUCCACGCCGGCUCCAACGGCAAGCUCGUGUGGCGCCACACCCCCUGGCUCGGCGCCCACGCCGCGAAGGGUCCCGUUCGCCCCCUCCGCCGAGCCCUCCAGGGACUUGAUCCGUUGACCACAGCAAGCAUGUUUGCUAAUGCCCGGUGCAUUGGAGAGAAGAAGGUCAAUGGGGAGGAUUGCUUCAUUCUCAAGCUCUGUGCUGAUCCGCAGACACUGAAAGCUAGAAGCGAAGGCCCGGCAGAGAUCAUAAGGCAUGUCCUCUUUGGCUACUUCAGCCAGCGAACCGGGUUGCUCAUCCACAUGGAGGACUCGCACCUUACCCGAAUCCAAUCCAAUGCCGGCGGCGAUGCUGUGUACUGGGAGACCACCAUCAACUCCUUCCUCGAUGAUUACCGUCCGGUCGAAGGCAUAAUGAUAGCCCAUUCGGGCCGCUCGGUGGUCACCCUGUUCCGGUUUGGUGAAAUGGCCAUGAGCCACACCAAGACAAGGAUGGAGGAGGCGUGGACGAUCGAGGAGGUGGCCUUCAAUGUCCCUGGCCUCUCCAUGGAUUGCUUCAUUCCUCCAGCCGAUAUAAAGUCCGGCUCCAUCAGCGAAACCUGCGAGCUGCCCGGAGGUGAGAGGGCAAGGACCAGCAUGGUCCACCGGUCCAGGGUGGCUGCGGUGGAGAAGCCGCAGGAUGCCGGCGAGAAGAUCGUUUGGAGGGUUGAAGUCUAGUUCUGGGAGAAGUGGAUUGAAUUGUUCAUACUAGUAGCCUCAUUCUUAUUAAAACUGACCCACCAUGGAAUGUAGGUUGGUAGACUGACUUGAGGUAGUUUUUGGUAAUGGUUUGUCCUCUGUAAAUAGGAGCUUAAUUGUUCACAGGUCUUACUUCUCACACAGGGCCUGGGUGAAUCUUUAUACUCUGAAUGCAGAAUUCUUGGUAGAUGGGUUGGUGAGAAGUAUCACUACUGUGGGAUGGGGAGUGAUUUCUUCCUUCCAUGCCCAAAGAAUCUUGUUUGUGCUGGUGGUUUGGAACUAAUACUAAUUCUCUUUGCGGGUGGCGCCAGCAACUCGACCGACCAGCCGGGAUGUUGCAGCUCAGAUGGCCUUCAAAAAUUUUAGUCUUAAUGUGUGUUUGCUUGUUCUUUGUUAUAAAAAAUUUUCUUAAUGUUGCAAGAGAAGCUAGUUUUGGAAGUGGUAGGUGCUCACACUUCCUUGAGUAUUUGGAGUUGUAAAACUUAUUGGGAGUGGUUGAUGUAAAACAAACUUCAAGUGCUUACAUAUAUUUUGUCUCUCUUUACAGUAGUUGAAGU